AUGCGAUUUGUCUCAAAGAACCAGCGGCUGGAAGCCAUUGACGGCGAGACGGGUGUGGCCCUGCUGCCUGUCGAACCCGAGGACAUGUGGCAUGCGCACAACCUGAUCGCCAUUUCCGACACAGUCAAGGCCCACGCGGUCCGCAAAGUCACGAAGACGUCAAGCACGGGCUCGACCAUGUCGGAGCGGGUGCACACCGACCUCACCAUCCGAGUCACGUCGACCUUCUUCGACCCGGCGGCAUCGUCGCUCCACGUCUCGGGUACCGUCGUGCACGAGAACGCGUGGGUCAACGUUGGCCAGUACCACACGCUCGACCUCGAACUCAACCGCCCCUUUACAAUAUGGAAGAGCAACGGAUGGGACUCGGUGGCCAUGCAGACGCUCGCCGAGGCGGUCAACGACGACAAGCCCGACGCCGUGGUGGCCGUUGUCAUGCACGAGGGGCUCGCCAACAUCUGCCUCAUCACCGACUUCCGGACCGUCAUCAAGCAGCGCGUCGAGAGCAACAUACCCAAGAAGCGGUCGCAGGCGCAGGACACGGCGGGCGGCAUGACGGCCUUUUACGAGAAGACGCUGUCUACGCUGCUGCGCGCCGUCGACUUCAGCAACCCGCGGCCGAUGCUGCUCGCGAGCCCCGGGUUUGUCGCCCAGGACUUCCGCGCCUACAUGCAGAGCGAGGGCGCCAAGCGCGCCGACAAGCGGCUGCAGCGCAUCGCCAAGGACGCCGUCGUGGUGCACUCGAGCACCGGCUACGUGCACAGCCUCAACGAGAUUCUCAAGAGCCCCGAGGUGCAGGUGACGAUGCGCGACAAGAAGUUCACGACGGAGACGGCGCUGAUGGACCAGUUCUACGAGCGCCUGCGCAAGGACGACGGCAGGGCGUGGUACGGCGCGAAGCCCGUGGCCAAGGCGGUGGAGGAGGGCGCCGUGGGCCGCGGCGGCGGCGUGAUCCUGAUCAAUAACUCUUUCUUCAGGAGCCUCGACAUCCCGACGAGGAAAAAGUAUGUCGCCCUGGUGGACAGAGUCAAGGACGACGGCGGCGAGGCAAAGUUGCUCAGCAGCGACCACGAGAGCGGGCAGCGACUGGAUGGGCUGGGCGGGAUCGCCGCGAUAUUGACAUAUCCCAUCUACGACCUUGACGAAGACGAGGAAGAGGACGACGGGGAGGAGGGCGGCGGAUCAGCAGACGGAGGAGGAGUCGCCGUAAUAUAA